UCAGCUGGUAGUAAACGCGCGACUGACGGAACUAUUGUAGCUAUGCGUAAUCGUAUCUUGCAAAGGUGAAAAAAACUGGCCAAAAAAAGGCAAAGCUUAAAUAACUCUGAGAAAGGCUGAGCAAAAAUAAUCAAAGUGAUAUUUACAACGCGUUAAUUCAUCGCGUUCAUUCACGUUCAGUCUCAUUGUUCGAUACCAGUUAAUGCGUGAAUAUUUUUCAUCGACAUAUUUCGUAUUGCAGUGAAGAAAAAGAGUGGAGAAAUCGAUUGAUAAUUCAAUUCUAAUCAGCUCAAUAAUCGAAUAAUGCGAUCGAGUCUUAUUUUUCUACUCGUCGUUUUCUUUUCUUUCGUACAGUUCGUCGAACUUUGGAAUUUUCGGGAGCAAUACAAAUCUCCUAUCAUCUUAAUUCCAGGAGAUGGAGGUAGUCAACUUGAAGCUAAACUCAAUAAAACUUCUACAGUGCACUAUCUUUGUGAAAAAGUUUCUAAAGAAUAUUUUAAUAUUUGGCUAAACUUGGAAUUACUCGUACCAGUAAUCAUAGAUUGUUGGAUCGACAAUAUGAAAUUGAUAUAUGACAAUGUGACAAGAACUACGAGAAAUCAAGAUGGAGUAGAUAUUCGAAUACCAAACUGGGGAGAUCCCUUCAUCGUCGAAUAUUUAGAUCCAAGUAAAGCUUCUCCUGGAGCAUACUUUAAAGACAUUGGAAAUAUGCUAGUCGAUGAGUUAGGAUAUAUUAGAAAUAUCUCUUUACGCGGUGCUCCGUACGACUUUAGAAAAGGACCCAAUGAAAAUGGAGAAUAUUUUGUUAAAUUGAAAUCAUUAGUAGAAGAAACGUAUUCUAUCAACAACAAUAUGCCGAUAACAUUAAUAGCUCACAGUAUGGGUGGACCCAUGGCUCUUAUAUUUUUACAGAGUCAAAGUCAAACGUGGAAAGAUAAAUAUAUUAAUUCUUUGAUCACUUUAGCAGGCGUGUGGGGAGGAUCUGUUAAAGCGAUAAAAGUAUUUGCUAUAGGUGAUGAUUUGGGCGCGUAUCUACUACGGGAAAGUAUUCUUAAAGAUGAACAAAUUACAAGUCCAAGUUUGGGAUGGCUUUUACCUUCAAAAUUAUUUUGGAAAGAAAACGAAGUUUUGGUCGAAACGGAAAAUAAAAAUUAUACGCUUACUAAUCUUCAAGAUUUUCUCAUAGAUAUAAAUGUACCCAAUGGAUGGGAAUUUCGUAAGGAUAAUGAAAAGUAUCAAUUAAAUUUUACUCCACCAGGUGUAGUAAUGCAUUGUUUAUAUGGAAAACAAAUAGACACCUUGGAGAGAUUAUAUUAUAAACCAGGUACGUCGAUCGAUGGACGUCCUCAAUUAAUUCCUGGAGAUGGUGACGGCACGGUUAAUUUACGAAGCUUAGAAGGUUGCCUCCAUUGGCAAAUGAAACAAAAGCAAAAAGUCUAUCAUCAAGCCUUUCCCGGUGUAAAUCAUAUGACAAUUCUUAAACACCCGGAUGUUUUGAAAUAUAUUAAGUCGGUCUUAACAGUUUGACGAAGCGGAAAUAAAAAAUUUAUUAAUAUUUAUCAAUUAGAUAUGAGAAUGAUAUAAACAAAAAUCGCAUAAUAUUUGUAAAUUGCUGCUAAAAGAUAUACGAACAGUUAGCGAUAAUAGUUGAUCAUGUAAUUGUGCAUGUCUGUUUAUUGUAAAAUAUUUUUAUACAUUAACAAUUUUAUCUUUUUAAGCAUAUUCUCCUUAAAAUAUUCGUAGUUCGUACAUCUUCGGCAACUAUGUUUUUAAAUAUAAAACAAAUAGUGUAAAAUAUACAAAGUAAAUAGAAUUACUCUUAAGGAUUUAUCUCAGGUAUUAGUUUUACUCUCUAGAAAUCUUGAUUUAUUAUCUAACAAAUGAUAAUCUUGAAAUAAUAAACAUUCGAUAAAUCUUGCCAUAUAUAUAUAUAUACAUAUACAUACGUUAUUAUUUAUUCAUUUAUAAGAAUAAUUUAUAUCUAUUAUGUAAAUUUCCUUACUUUGUGUAUUUCUAAAUUUUAUUGUUAUUAUAUAAAAAAUAAAUAUUUAUUUUUACCAUCGAAUAAGUUUAUAAAAAACAACGAUAGGAAAGGCGAACUUUAAUAUACAAAGAAAUAUUCUUAUUAAUUAAUAUAAUAUAGAUUCUAGAUUAAAGGUGACAAAAACAAUAAGUUAUAGAAACAUAUUCCAUUUAUCAAUACAUUAUGUACAUCACAGAUUUCGAUUUACACUCGAUCUAUCUUACAAUACAUUCAAAGCAAUUACGUAUUUUAGAUCAAUAUUUUGAUAACUACACAUUGUGAAAAUUAUACGAAAGUAAAUAUGAAAGGUAUAGAAAUUAAUAAUAAUAUUGGAAAAAUAAAAA